AUGGCCGCCACCCGAUCGGUCGCGAGGCUAGUCGCCUUCCGCCGGCCGACUCCCUUCGGCCUGCUGGGCUCAACCGCAAACUUCUCGUCCUCGACAAUCCGCGCAGCAACCCCAGUGGGACCCCCUCAGGCCGGCUUCCGCCUGCCCCCGCCCAAGCGCUGGGAUCAAGGCGAAGAGUCCGCCCUCGACAAGGCCAGCAAAUACUUCCUCAUGGCCGAGAUCUUCCGUGGGAUGUACGUGGUGCUGGAGCAGUUUUUCCGACCACCUUACACUAUCUUCUACCCCUUCGAGAAGGGUCCCAUCUCUCCCCGUUUCCGUGGUGAGCACGCUCUCCGCCGUUAUCCCACCGGUGAGGAGCGCUGCAUUGCCUGCAAGCUCUGCGAAGCCAUCUGCCCCGCCCAGGCUAUUACCAUUGAGGCCGAGGAGCGUGAGGAUGGAAGUCGCCGGACGACCCGUUAUGAUAUUGAUAUGACCAAGUGCAUCUACUGUGGCUACUGCCAGGAGAGCUGCCCCGUGGAUGCCAUUGUUGAGACUUCCAACGCCGAGUACGCCACUGAGACCCGUGAAGAGCUCCUGUACAACAAGGAGAAGCUCCUCUCCAACGGCGACAAGUGGGAGCCUGAGAUUGCGGCUUCUGCUCGCGCCGAUGCUCCUUACCGCUAA